CAGGAGGAGGAGGAAGAGGAAGGCAGUGUCAGUAUUGUAAAAGCAGUGUUGUGAUGUGGUAGUGUGUCUCCUGCUCCCGGAAUCUACACUAGAAUGACAUUGUAUUGGAUUUACAUGAGUGGUCGGUGAAGCAGAGAGCUGAGAAGAGCAGAAUGGAGGCGAUGUGGCGGGUGGUGGGCCUCUGCGUGCUGUUGGCGGCGUGCUGCAUGGCGGAGUUGUGUGACGUCACUUCGAGACAAGCCAUCAUCAUCCUGGACAUCACGGAGAGCCUGGGGAGUCAAGUGGACCAGCUGACAACGCCCCCCAAUCUGCCAUUCGAGGGCGACCCGCUGACGGAGGUGGAGUUAUCACUGGACGAGGAGGGCAGCAAGCAUUUCGCCCUCAAUGGAAGCCGUCUACAGCUGGUGGAGCCCCUGGAUAACGACCUCAGCCCUUCCACUCUACGCUUCCAGGUGUCAUGCAAGCCGCGGUCAGGCCCCGGACAGGUGAACUCCGUGCCUGUCAUCGUGCGAGUCACCGACAUCAACGACAACCCGCCUGUCUUCUCCGGCCUGCCCUACGCCGUCACUGUACCGGAGAUGACCCCUGUCGGCACCACCAUCUUCAAGGACGUCCACGCUGAUGACCUUGACUCAGGUGUGAACGGGCAGGUGUACUACAGUAUCAUCCCAGGCGACGGACGGGGAGACGCGACAGACGGGUAUGGCAUCUUUAGCAUCACUCUUCCCCACCAGGGCCUCGUCACCGUCAACAGAUCUUUGGACUUCGAAAGAUCUCCUGUUUACCACGUUACUAUUCUCGCCACGGACCGCGCACAGAAAGUCUCGGCUCGCCUCAGCACCACAACAACGCUCACAGUCAUGGUGGAGGACAGCGACGACCAAGAUCCGGUGUUUGAGUACGCCUCCUGCCCCAGGGUAGGAAGGAUCUGCGCCAACCCUGAGUACUCGGCCACAGUCACGUCCAUGGAAGUGUCUGGGGUGCUAAGUGUGAAGCCCGAAAGAAUAUUUGCCAAGGAUUUGGAUGCCAUUGGAACCCCCGUCAGGUACUCCUUCCUGUCUGGCCGCCCUGGGACUUACGAUCGCUACUUCGCCAUCAAUCCCGAAAGUGGCUCCGUCACCCAGACAUACGCUGUAGACCGCGCCGUCACCAGGCAGUUUGAGAUUGUUGUGAAGGCUGAGGAGAACAGUGAGGCCCGCAGGUUUGCCACCGCCAAGCUACUCAUCAAGGUGGCUGGUGUGGACGCCUCGCCGCCUGUGGUCACCGCUUCUUCCUACACCGGCAGCGUGGACGAGAAUGCCGCCCCAGGCACGCCUGUCACUGAUGACUACCCAAAGCCGCGCCCCAUCAUCCUCUCCGUCACUGACCCUGACUUGACCCCUGAAGAUGACCCACCUACCUACACUUGGGAGCUCACCACCACCGCCUUCCGCGUGGAUCCCGAGGGCGUGCUGGUGGUGGCAGAAGAGAAUCUGGACCGGGAUCCGCCCAACCCUGGCGUGUACACCUUCCAGGUGGUUGCAAGGGAGGCAGGAGAGGACGGUGUGGCAGCAGCCCCCAUCACCAUCACUGUUGUGCUCAAUGAUGUCAAUGAUAACCCACCAAGGCUCCCUGUGUAUCCACCUGUGUCCAUCCAAGCAGGGGCAGCUCGCAGGGUGGUGGCAACGAUCUCUGCCAAGGACAUUGAUGCAGGUGCCUAUGCUGAAGUGGAGUACAGCAUCUACCAUGUCUCUAACAAUGGUAGGGGCAAGUUCUCCCUCAAUGCUACAACAGGAGAGCUAGCAGUGGUGGGGCCGGUGGAGUCUGGCGAGCAGUAUUCCGUGACUCUAAGGGCAACAGACCGAGGUGCAUUGUAUGGCCAAAGUAUUCUUGAUGUCAUUGUGAACCGUGGACCCAACACUGGAGGCCCAGUCUUCACUCAGCCCCACUACUCUGUCACCAUCACUGAGGGAGCUGAGCCGACCUCUGCCAUCCUCACCCUCAGUGCACUGGAUCCAGAGGGUGAUGCAGCCAUCUACUCACUUGUUGGCGGUAAUGAACUGAACCACUUUGAGAUUGGCGAAAGCUCUGGAACGCUGAGGAUUGCUGACAACCUUGACCGGGAGAGUCUGGACUUGUACACCCUGAUUGUCAAGGCAGAGGACCCAGAUGGCAUGUCCAACACUGCCACUGUCACUGUUACCAUUGCUGACAUCAACGACAAGAACCCAGAAUUUGUGGAGCUCCCAUACUCCUUCAGGGUCAAUGAGGUCAAGAACGUGGUGGUGGGCACAGUUAAGGCAAUGGAUGAGGACACUGGGAUCUACGGUGAGGUGUCCUACUCAGUGCCGGAGGAGGCACUCUUCAGCAUUGAUGCCACCACUGGGGAGAUAAAGACCAAGCAGACCCUGGACUAUGAGAAACAGCAGGUGCACCUCUUGGUGGUGACAGCGCAGGACGGAGCAGCUGACCCACGCCUCUCCACAGCCACGGUGACGGUGCUGGUGAGUGACAUGGGAGACGAGUUACCCGUGUUCUCUCAGCGGGUGUAUGAGGCCAGCGUGCCGGAGAACCAGGCCGAUGCAGUCCUCACCACCGUUAAUGCCACUGAUCCUGACACUGUUCCUGCCAUUACAUACGUGAUGGUGAACGGAGACCCCAAGCUGUUCAGUGUGGAGCCCAAGAGUGGCCGCAUCACCACUGUGCGCGGUCUUGACUAUGAGGCAGCUCCACGGCACACCAUUGUGGUGGGCACCCUGGAGAACACACUGGAUAAUUCUCAGGCAACAUGCUCAGUGCUGGUGACUGUUCUGGAUGACAAUGACAACCCACCAGUGUUCAGUGUUCCCCUUCCACCCCUCACACUGCCAGAAGACUCACCCCCUGGUACACUGGUUGCUACUGUCCUUGCCACAGACGCUGAUGGCACAAGACCCAACAGUGAGGUGACUUAUGAGCUAGUGGGCUAUGGCAAGGCACCUGAUUACUUUGCCAUUGAUGGGGAGUCUGGUGCUAUCACUGUCAAGGUGGAUCUGCAGGCUGAGCAGGAGUCUGACUUUGAGCUACAAGUGGUGGCCAGUGAUGGAGGAACACCACAGCUCACCACCACCUCCACUGCCUCCAUCUCUGUGGUGAGGGUGGGGGAGGAACCGCCGCCCCCUGAGGUGUGGGCUACCUUUACGGAUGCCCACUUCUCUGCCGAGGUGCCUGAGGAUGCUGCUGCCAACACCCUGGUGAAGAAGCUGACAGUGCUGCACAGGCCUGACUCACCCAAGAAGUUAAGCUGCACCAUUACAAAAGGCAAUGAGGAAGGUUUGUUCAGCAUGGAGGUGACGGCGGAGAGGCACUGCGGCGUGAUGGUGGUUGGGGCGCUGGACUAUGAGAUGCGGCAGGACUACACCCUCACUGUAGUGCUGGAAGCUCCUGAGGCUCCUCCAGGCACCGAGAACAGACAGGCACAGGUCAAUGUGAGCGUCACUGACACGAAUGACAACAAACCAGAGUUCAUCUUCCCAUCACCCUACAAUGACCGCACGCAUGGGAAGUUCUUUGCCUAUGUGGCUGAGGACUCACGGAUAUCCACGCCUGUGCUGCAGGUGGCGGCUAAGGAUAAGGAUUCUGGGGAGUUUGGCACAGUUGAAUACCACCUGGUGCCUGAGAGCAACAGAGGUGGUUACUUCAGCGUGGGGCGAGACACAGGACUACUGAAGACAGAACGAGAGAUGUCUUCGGUACCCCGUGAGCUGCUGCCGUUCAACCUGUCGGUGAAGGCUGUGGACAACCCAGGACAGCGCGGAGGACCCUCCCACUUCACUUCUGUCCCUGUUAUUGUCAACUUGGUGGAGGACGUUCAUCGGAUGGUACUGGUGGUGGAUGGCUCACCAGAACUCGUUAAGGACAAUAGAGAUGGCCUUGUGGCAGUCUUGCAGGAGCACUCCAAUCACAUCAUUGGCAUCGAGAAGAUUGAGUCGCGUCGCUUCUUGGGCAACAACAGCAUUGUGGAGAGUGAUGCCAGCGCCACCGAUGUCUGGUUCCAUGUGGUAGAUGAGGCAAGUGGGCGGCUACUCCCUCGCCGUCACCCACAGCUGGAAAAAUUAGCAGAGGAGAAGAUGGAGAGACAGAAGCUGCUGUUCCAUGUGACAGCAGCGCUAGAUGGCUUGAGUGCCAAGGAUAUACGCCCUCCUGUCUUGCCUCCGGCUCCGGUGACAGAGCCUCCCCCGGUGCCUGUGCGUAAGGCAGCAACACUAGAGGGCAUCCAGGUGGCCCUCAUAGUCUUGGCAGGCAUCAUAGUGGUCAUGGGCGUGGUUGGCAUCUGCUACAUCUGUGUGCAGUGGAAGAGAUACGUGAAGCACCGUGAUGAGACCAACAAGGCAAUGGUGGUGGUGGCGCCACCCUAUGAAAGAGUGGCUGGUUCCGUCAUAGAGUCCACCAAGGAAUAUGAAGUGCAAGUUCUUCAUAUGAGUGUACCAAUGGACGAUGACUCAGUACAGGACCUCACUCUAGACUCCCGCCCCUCGCACCACUUCUCCAUGGAUAAUGUGUCCUAUAUAACCAAGCAGCAGUUGAGUGAUGAGAGCAGCAACAGGAGCAGUGAUGGCGGUGGCCACAUCCUGGAGGACCACCACUUAUCUCAUGAGGACUGGAACACACCACCAGGCCAACGCCACCACCUUGGCACCCACCAGCACCUGCCGCACAUAUCAGCCAUGGCGGCCUCCACUCCCUCAGGACGCAACCCUGCUUAUGAGCACUUCGAUGACCAUGACGAUGAGGAUGAGGGUGGGGAAGGUCCUCUGAGUGUCAGCGCGACUAAUGAGAAUGUGAUGUUUGGGCGAAGAGGACUGACAGAGCCUUCCCCUGUGCAGACUACCACGGAGCUUUGAAUGGAUGUAGUAGUGAAUUAAUAGUGAACUGCAAAGGAUGAGUGUCACAGAGGAAGUUGCAAGGGAGAGAAAUAACUGGAUACACACGAGAAAUGGCAAAAAGUUAAUAAUGAAAGAGUGCAAAAGAAAACAAUAAUAAUCUUGUCAGGAAUAAAUACUAACUAAUUCCUGUGCUAAAUGAACAAAUAAAUCUCUUGAGCCUAAUUCUUCUUCCCUUUCAUAGCAAUUUGUUGUCAAUGUAGCAGCCUCUAAAAACGAUGAAAUCCUAUCACUUGAUUAGUUCUGUAUAUCAGUGCUGGGAGAAAUGUGUAGAUGUUAACAUAUAAACUUCAUGGGUUUGUAUCAUGCUGCAGUGUCAUAACAGGUACUCCUAGAUAAUUUAGAAUUGAAAGCAUUGAAGUGAAGUCAUUAUGUCGUCUUAAUGGAUUCUUGAUGUUUUAACAAAGCAUCUGAAAACCUCCGAUAGGGUGCUGGUAAGAACACUGAUGAUUAGAAUUUGCAUUUUUAUACCAGUUAGUGGUGUAAAUUCUUUUAACAGUUAUUCUCAUUACUAUGGGUAUUCAAGUAAUCAAUUUUAACGAGUCCUUAGUUUUGCCCAUUUAAGGUUUCCGGUGACCCAUCCCCAUUAGAACCUGGGAACCCAUGAAUAUAAGCGAGAAAUAAAAUUAAUGAACCUUGAACCACCACCUCCCAUAAUCUGAACUCUGGUAUAAUGGAUUCAGUUCCUUGUGUGGAAAAAUUGAGUGAGGUCCCUCAGGAUUGUGAUAGGGGAAAAUGUGUUCCAGAGAGUAUUCCUGACUGUUCCUAAGUUACAGUUUGCUUAGUGAACGUUAACGAUGUUCCCCUUCUUGAAGUAGUUGCUGCAGCAGUUUCUUUACUGUCUCUCAUCAAUUAUUUUCAAAGGCCACAGAUAAUAUUAGCUGAGUUUUCAAGAGUUUCAAUAAUAUAAAGAAAUCUUGUUAAUGUGUCAUUAAAAGCUGUGCAUCUUUAAUUGUAGCCUUUGAAAAGGAGUUUGUGUGCAGCAGCAGCAUUUGAGUAUGUCAUCCUAAAGAUCAUAUAACGUAAUCUGACGUUCUGAAGCAACAGUAAUCCUCCCGGUGCUCACUCAUGUGCUCAAAUGGUUUACUAGUGUGAUGAAAUGUGAAGCAAGACUGGGGGACUAAUGAAACUAAUGAACUUCAGUUUAUCGUGUGAUUGUGCAAAGUGAUGAUGGCCAAACUUUAGCAGUGCCGUGUUGUGUUGUGUUACUUUCUUAUUUUGAUGCAAGGGUGUGUGUGUGUGUGUGUGUGUGUGUGUGUGUGUGUGUGUGUGUGUGUGUGUGUGUGUGUGUGUGUGUGUGUGUAAUUAAUCCUCAUUUACUUAUAUUGAUGUUAGUUUGAUAAAUAUUGUAUAAAAUUAUACAUUGAUUUAUUUUUUAACUUAGAUUUAGUUGUGUGUGUGUGUUGUACAUACAAGUAAACAAUAUUUGUAUUAAUACCUGCAUAAUACUGUACAUAGUCCAACCUAAAAGUUAAUUCCAUCCUGUGAACUUAAUGUUUGUAUUAUAGUGAUUGUACGUAAGCGAUCACUCAAUAAAAGUAAACAUUCCUC